AGAGAAUAACAUUGCCUGAGGAAAAUAGAUAAAAAUUAUAAAUUCCAAUAAAUUGAUUUCUUGGACGUAUAUAUUAAUAAGUGUUACUUAAAAUUUUACUCAGAAAAUUUUAAUGUUAAUGGUUUAUGAACAAACCCAAAGAGUGACUAAAUUAAAUUUAUACUGACAUAAGUAAAUAUUAAAAAAAGAUGCCAGUUAAAGGGAAACGGAUCUUAAAAGCAUUGCGUGAGCUAAUAGCGCCGUCCACUCCGCAGGAAAUCGCGAAGCAUAUAGCAAAGAAACGCAAAAGGCAGACAGAUCUCAAAAAACUAGAAGAGGAAGUAAUUGAGGCACUCGCGAGCGCCACAACGUUCGGCAAUGUGGAAAUGUGCAAUGGACAUUAUUAUAACUUAGAAGAUACUAAGCGGCAGUUAAAACUUAUAGAAAAGGAAGAAAAUAAAAAAAGGAAGCUGCCUCCAAAUCUUGUAUUGAAGAAUAAGAAGAAUAAGAAGAAGCCACCUUACUCCCCACCAAUAAAACGAAAGCGUCGACUUAUAUCAACCACAAACGAUCAGCCUAAUUCGUCAGUCACUGCACAAGCUGCCCAUUCCAUGCCUUCAAACAGCGUAACAUGCGUUGCCUCUAAUGAAAAUAAAUCUAACUGCAGUGCUGAUGCAAAGUAUGAACUUGCAAUGGGUGCAGAAAUGACUAAAGCAAUAAUUAAUGUAAUUAUAGAUAAAAUCGCAGCAAACUUUUCGCAUUUUAAUGUACCGAGUUUGAGUUUAAGCAAGGAUCAACGUACCUCCGGAACAUUAAGACAAAAUCUUGAGAAUCCAAUUCCUACUGCUGCUAAUAAAACGGUUAAAAAUAAUAUUUCUGAAAGGGAAUAUAGGGAAGCUGUCGCUGUAGCUAAAAGUGAAUUAGAUGAAAUUGUUGAUGACAUUAAUUUCUGCGUUCUGCCAAAAAACAUUGAUGCCAACAGUUGUAAUAUAUGGCUUCAAAGCGAUUCUAGCGAAAGUACUGAAUGGAGUACUGACUCCUCCCAAUCCUCCGGCGAUGAUAUGCCGUCUAAAAUGAGUGUUCAGAAUUAUCUAAAAGAACAAAACGUUGCUCAUGGCUCAAGAGAUAGAGCUUCCAAAUAUGAAUCCCCACGUGUAAUGACAUUAGUAGAAAUGUUAGAAAGGAUUAACGUUUAUGGUCCAAAUAAUAUGGAAUCGGCUGCUCAAAAUAUGUUUUUUUCAAACAGUUUAUUGCGAAGAGAUACUGAAGAUAAAGAUAAUAAAGAUAUAGUAAUUUCAGAGCCUAGUAAUUCAUUGCCUAAAGAAGGACAAGUCAAUUUCGAAAAAGAUAAUAAUGCAGGAGAAUUUGGGGAUUAUAUAUCAUUGUCUGCAAUGCGACCGACAGGUGUUGAAAUCACAAAUCCAUACCUUGCCCCGACUAAUAACGUUACGUCUGUACCAGAAGAUAUAAAUAAUAUAUCGAAUUCAAAUGAGUUAUGUCAACGUUGCUGGUUUGAGAAGAUAAACUGCAAAUGUCGCAGAAAUCAUUGAAAACCUUUUAGAGAAAACAGAAAUUUUUUGUGGCCAUAGUUAUAAAGUAAUUACGUCCCACAUUUAUAAGUAUUCUAUUAAUUAGUUUAUCUAAAUUUUUUUUAAUUUGAUUUUAUA